AUGUCAGCUUUAACACGUACUAAUAUUCUUUCGCUUUAUCGAUCUUUUCUUCGUGUAAUUGAACGUUGGCCAACGGACUAUUUACGUCCAAAUCGAAAUUUAAAACAUAUUCUUCACUUACGUGUUACUGAAGGCUUUAGACAAAAUAAUGCAGUUAAGGACGCAGAUGUACUUAGAGCUUUAGUCUUAGAUGCAGAAAUUGAACUUGAUGCAUUAAGAAGGCUGGCAGAAAAUGAAUUUAAAGAGAAGGUUAAUUAUAAAUUUCAAUCUUAUACCCACUUUCGGAUAGGAUUUAUAGACCAGCAGCUAAUCCAAAAUAUUAUUCAGGACUUGUAG